AUGAUUCAAGGAAAUGAUUCAAAGACUCCACAAACGAAUCCAACUGUCUUUAACCACCAUACAAAAUCAAACUCUCAAAUCAAUCCAAUCUUCUUGACCCGUCCAUUCUCCAUCUCCACCAUUCUCAACAAUCCGAAAUCGGUCAUAUUCCUACAAAUCGAUCAAAGUCAUCCUACAAAUGUGGCGGAUCUAUGUUUUUGUGGGGUGAUGGUGGUCGGAGCUAAAACUCAAACGAUGAUUGUUAUGUUUUUCGGUGAUGGAUUUUUCGUCGGUGUCAGUGAUUAUUCCGAGUCUGAAAGGUACUCUUCCAAGAAGCAUCAAAGCAUAUAUACAUAA